AUGCCCACCAUGAGCGGAGGCACCAGAAGGCCCCGUGAUCGUGCUCUCACGGCCCGCCUGAGCAACGCCAUGAAGCUCUUCUCCCAGCGCACAGACCUUCCUAUCCUGGCAACUUACUCCAUCCGCGAUAUCCUCCGUGAAUACCUUCGUGACAACCUGCCUAUUUUCUGCAAUAGACCUCCCCCAUGGGCGGGCUCCAAGACUGCCCUUCUGGAGAAGAUCCUUAUAGAAAAUCUGGGUCCCGUUUACUUUACUGAAACUUCUCCUGGUAAAUACAAUUAUCUCGACCCGAACGAUAAGAAGAUGUAUGAGACCAACCUCCCAUCCGGGAUUCGCGGUGACACGUGCUGUAUCAGGAAUAUACUAACUUGAAUUCACUACGUGAUGAAAGCUUGGAAGCCGCACUCAGGAACUUCAUGGCCAACCUUGAGGAAUGGCAGCUUAAAGCCAGGGAUAACAAGAGGGCCAGGAUUAACUCUCACUGGUCUGAAUUCAUGCAACCUCCUGCCAAAAAUUAGGGGUGUACUUAAACAGCACCACUUUCGUGGUUUCCGAGAUUCCGAAAAUUGGGAGGCUAUUACUAUAAACUAGCGGACUGUGCUUUUCUUUUCCACUGUUACUAGCUAUCUUUGUUAGGCAGUGGCUACCAAAUUUACCAGUAUUUUCUCCUUUUAACCUUUCGCCCCCUAAUUGUGCCCCGUGAUAUGUUCAAUAGUGAUUGUUGUGCACCAUGGCCUGAUGCAAUAAUUGAUCGAUCUUUGCUACCGCCUACCCCAAGCUCACGAGCCCCUAGAUCUAAUGGGCACAUGAGGUAUCGUGCCAGAGGUAUCAUGGAAGGUAGAUUUCAGGUAACAGUUAUAGGCGAAAAGUGAUACUCAGACAAUACAGGAACCCCAAAUCACACCCAAAUGCAUUCAAUACCACUGCCACCCUCGGAGUCUCAUAAUAUUAUACAAAUAAAAACAGAGAAAAGCAACCAUUUUCGAAGGUUUGGCGGCGGGCCGCAACAGCAUUCCAUAUCGUUAUCUCGCGCAAGCCAAAGAUGGAUGAGUACGGUGCUGAUUUUCCCAGGAUCAUUGCAGACAGUCCCUCACGACAUCCAAAAAGGUGAUGCUUACCCCUUAUGCGCCCAAACGAUAUCUUAACAGUCUUAGAAUAAAAACUGAAGGGAGACCCAUGGCAAUGGAAAUGAUGGCUGCGGCAAGUUAUUGAAAGUGGUUUCUUAGGGUUAGGUGACAGCUGACAGUGUGGUGGGACUCGGCUCUCGUGUGGGUCUGGUAGGAGCCCAAAAUUCCGAACGUUGAACGUUAUU